AUGAACGGCUACGGGGAUAACGGGCACGACGAGGAUCCAUUUGGUCCAGCCAAGGGCGGCAUUGUGUCCAGUUUCGAUGCUUUUCCUAAAACCAAGAAGACGUACCUCGUACAAGGCCGCAACUCCUCGGCCUGGACCGUGACGCUCAUCAUAACAUGCAUCUACCUCGCCUGGUCCGAGAUCGCGCGCUGGUUCGCCGGCACGACCACACAAUCAUUCGCCGUCGAGAAAGGCGUAGCCCACGGCAUGCGGAUAAACCUCGACAUGAUAGUAGCCAUGCGCUGCGCCGACCUUCACGUCAACAUGCAAGAUGCUGCCGGUGACCGCACCCUGGCUGGCGAGCUUCUGCGCAAAGACCCAACAUCAUGGGCGCAAUGGACCGGCAAGAACGCCGAGAGCGGGACACACGAACUAGGCAAAGAUAAGAAAGUUGGAUGGGAUGAUAUCGAGGACGUACAUGAGCAGCUGGGCAAGGCGCGGAAGAGCAAGUUCAGCAAGACACCGCGCGUGCGCGGACAGACUGACAGCUGCCGUAUCUACGGCAGUAUCAUUGGAAACAAGGUACAAGGCGACUUCCACAUCACGGCUAGGGGCCACGGAUACAUGGAGUUUGGAGAGCAUCUUGACCAUUCCACAUUCAACUUCUCGCACAUCAUCCGCGAAAUGUCCUUCGGCCCAUACUACCCUUCGCUCGUCAACCCCCUCGACAACACCAUCGCCGUAACACCAACACCCCAAGACAAAUUCUACAAAUUCCAAUACUACGUCUCCAUCGUCCCAACUAUCUACACCGACGACGCUUCCAUGAUCCCCUACCUUACAUCCAGCACAUCCGAAGAAGACACGCCCUUCUCAAACAUGUUCCACACCACCCACGCCAUCAAAACUAACCAAUACGCCGUUACAUCGCAGUCCCACAAGGUCGCCGAAACUUACGUACCGGGUAUCUUCGUCAAGUUCGAUAUCGAGCCUAUUCUGCUGGCGGUGGUGGAGGAGUGGGGUGGCUUCUGGAGGCUGAUUGUUAGGCUGGUGAAUGUUGUGAGUGGUGUUAUGGUUGCGGGGAGUUGGGCGUGGCAGAUGUUUGAUUGGGCGAGUGAGGUUAUGGGCAAGAGACGGAGGAGGGGUGAUGGUGUGGGUGUGUUGGGGACACCGUCGGUAGAGAAGAAGAGCUGGGAUUAG